UUGAGGGAAAUGGUGAAGACUUCUAUCUCAGACUUCUUUAUCUUGUUUACGUUAGUUAGUGUGCAAAUGUUCAAAUGUUUGUUUCCAGGGCAAGCCCUAAACUGCAAUGGUCAACAAUUUUCUCAACAAAUCCCAGUGCAAAUCUUGUGGCAGCCAACCAAUGCACACUCAAUGCAAAAUGGUCAAGACUAUAGUCUGCCACAAACAAGCAUUCAGAAUCCAUCGCAGGCAGCAGGAUAUUGUCCAGUCUAUCAACCCUUACUUGCUCGUGAACAAGAUCAGUAUACUAGUUUCUUUGAUGCAAGUUGUCAACUUGCAUUUCCCAACCUUUCAGCAUACACGACAUUGAAUGAUAUUCACCAGUGGACUUCCAUCCCUGAAGGGGAGAUAUCUGUGGAUGAUGUACAUAAUUUAAUUGUCCCGACACAAAUUCAAGAUACUUAUGGGUCAUUUAGAUGUGGUCAAGUAUUACUUCAAUGGGAUAAGCCUCAUGUGGAGCCCAAGGAACACUGGAACUUCCUUGACGAGCUCAUGCCGCUGCAUAGCACACAGUCAAGGUUUUAUGGAGAAAGUUUCCCCAGUACAAGCCUCAUGGAUAAAGUCCAUAAGUUACUUGCCAGCACUUCAUCAGGUGAUUCUGUUUUGAAGAUGAUUACCGGUGUUAUGAGUCGAGCCAUGCAGACUCCUCAGAGGAGAGGCGUUCUCAUUCGUGCAAUUGAGCCAUAUGAUUCAGAUGAUAAGCCCCCGGUUAAGAAGCAAAGGAACGCCAAAUAUCAACUGCGGUUUGUCAACAGGGUUCGCAAUGACUACUACACCCAGGAACAAAUCAAAUCAGAGGAUGGGAAUCUCUUAAAGGUAGCUUUGUAUGAUGAGAAUAAUCUGGUAGUCACAUCUGGUCCGCUGUCUUCAGCUUCUGUGGAGGUCGUAUUACUUCAUGGCGAUUUCAAUGCUGAAGGCCAAGAUUAUUGGACAUCACAGGAGUUCAGUGCCUGCCUAGUGCAUUCACAAUCUGUAGAAGAACCACCAGCCUUGGGAGGUGAUCGUGUCUUGGCACUGACUCAUGGAGAGGCAGACGUUGGUAAUGUCAGUUUCCAGAUUUCCUCCUUCCAUGCCAGAACUGGAAAGUUCAAGAUGGGUGUUGAGAUUAAAAACGUACGAGAAGAGAGUGUUCAACAAGGAAUCACUAGCCCAUUUCUCGUGAGAGUUCGCCAAGGAGAAGAAUCAAGUCACCAUCGGAUCACAUCUCCCGAAGCGUUGCUCAGAGUAAGAAUGGAAUUGCCCAAACAAGUCUGCGGGGCGCUGCAGUGCGAUGCCACGGAAAACGUCUGCGAGUCAUCGGAUCAGUCGUCGCCGGAGAGAAAUGUCUUGGUGGCGUCGAAGGUGGACGACCAUGACAGCAUAGUACAGAGCGGGAGCGGCGUGUUAUUAUUCCCAGCCCCGCCGCCGUCGCCGGAGCAGGCGCGGGUGCCGCAGCCGGAGCCGGGGCUCAACUGCCCGCGCUGCGACUCCACCAACACAGAGUUCUUCUUCUUCAACAACCACUCCGUCACACAGCCCCGCAACUUCUGCGGCGAAUGCCGCCUUGGGCUGGGCGCCGCGCUUGACAUCGCGGAUCGCGCCGCCGGGGCUCCAGCAGCGGCCGCCUACGUAGCUGCCGCGUCAGGGACGUCAACGUCGACGAAGCGAAGCACCACUGCCACCGCUUGCGCCACCUCUGCGCCAAUGUCGAUGGUGGAGCGGGCGCGGUUGGCCAAGGUGCCGCAGCCGGAGCCGGGGCUCAAGUGCCCGCGCUGCGACUCCACCAACACCAAGUUCUGCUACUCCAACAACUACUCUCUCACCCAGCCCCGUCACUUCUGCCGCGCAUGCCGCCGCUAUUGGACCCGUGGCGGCGCGGUCCGUAACGUCCCCGUGGGCGGCGGGUACAGGCGCAGCGCCAAGUCCAAGGCCUCCCGCAAUGUCCCCGUGGGCGGCGGGUACAGCUGCCACGCCAAGCGCAGCGCAAAGUCCAAAGCCUCCGACGGAGAACCUGCGGCGGCAACAGGGACAGCAUCGUCUGCAUUGACGGCACCGAAGCCCGACACUCCUUGCACCGGCACCGCACCGCCGGGUCUCCACCACUACUCCAUGUUCUGCACCAAGAGCGAGUCGCCGCACAGCAAUCGGUUUGCCGACAACUUCGACCUGGCGAGCUUCCGCCUUGGCUCCCUCUUUGCUGACGGAGGCGUGCACCACCAGCCGGUGUUGCAGGGGAUGUUCGACUUAGGGCUUCAGAGAGGCGGCGGCAAUUGCAAGGACGGAGCCAGUUCCACCACCACGUGACACCGUCGGCCAAGAGAGAUCCACAACUGGAUUACCCAAGCGACAGGGGCAUGUACACAGACGUCGUCAUCAACGACGUCAACAGUGACGACUAGAAUUUC